GCAUGUUGGAUCCACUGCUUGGUUAGUGACAGAUUGGCGUGCGUUCGCUGAUGCCAGAUAUUUUCCAGAAAUCAAAAUAGAAGUGAUUUACAAUAUCAAGAAUAAAAAAAAAAAAAAAAAAAAAGGCGGCGGCCAUGAUUCUAGCGUCUACAUGAAGAAAGGAAUGCUCUUAUUCCUUUGUGCAUGAGAGAAGACAGGGUGUUGCCAUCCUCUCCUCUUACAUUUCUCUCCAACUUCUAUUUUACUCUGAUCAAAAGCUGGAAAGAUGCUGAAUUGCUGCAGUUCGUCACGUAACAGUAACUCCCAAUCUUCCAGCCCUGAAACCACUCUUCCGUUGAGCCAAGAAAACCCAAAAUCCACACCCAAAGAAGAAAUCCUACUCCAAAUCCCAGGCUCUACAGCCCACCUCGUCGAAGAUGGAGAGCCACUCGAACUGGCCAAAGGAGAUUUCACACUCUUCAGACUCACUGAAGAAAAUGUCAUCCUCGCUACAAUUAUAAGAAUCGGCACUGAUGUUCAAUGGCCUCUGACCAGAGACGAGCCGGUGGUCAAGCUCGACGGGCUCCACUAUAUCUUCUCCUUGCCAAGCGAAGAUGGAGAAAUUUUGAGUUAUGCUAUCUCUUUCUCCAAACCCAAUAGCGGUUUGGCUUCGCUGGAUUCGUUUCUUCAGGAAAAUUCAUGUUUCUCAAUAUCUUCUACUGCUUUGAACUCCACUGCUACUACUUCCUCUUUGGAUUCUCAAGGGCUCUAUUGGAAGGAUUUUGCUCCCAAGAUUGAAGAUUACAAUGGAGUUUUGGCUAAGGCGAUUGCGGGAGGGACAGGUGAGAUUGUUAAGGGGAUUUUCAAGUGCACCAACGCUUACACAAAGAAGGUUCAAAAGGGUGGAGAGAUGGUUCGAGCUGGUGCUGUGGAGGGCAGGAACAGGAGCUCUACCACAGAGGGUAGUAAAAUCAGCAAAAGCAAAGCUGGGGAAAAGAAAAGCGGAGCUCAGAAAGGCCUGAAACGGGUGAGGAAACUGUCAAAAAUGACACACAAGAUUAGCCAAAGCCUGCUUAAUGGAGUUCUGUUAGUCACUGGAUCAGUGGCGGCACCACUGGUCCAAUCAAAAGCUGGCAAGGAAUUUCUGGCCAUGGUCCCAGGGCAGGUUCUGGUAGCUUCAUUGGAUGCAAUUGAUAAGGUCAUUGAUGCAGUGGAGGCUGCUGAAAAAGAAGCAUACACUGCCACCUCCGGCGCAGCAACAAGAAUGGUCUCCCAGAGGUUUGGAGAGAGCGCAGGGGAGGUGACGGAAGAUGUGUUUGCCACUGCAGGGCAUGCCGCGGGCACAGCUUGGAACAUUUUCAAGCUCAGAAAGGCCAUCAAUCCUGCAAAGUCUCUCCCAUCGGCGAUGGUGAAGAAUGCGGCAAAGAAGAAACGUUGAGCCUAUCAACUGUACAAAUCCCUCACCAUCCGUUGGCAGUUGGGGGAGUCCCUUUGCACAUUCAAAAAUGGGAUUUCCAGAAAUCCCAUUUUUGAAUGUGCAUGGGGAUUCAACCCUGCUGCAAUGGAUGGUGGGACUGGAGAUUUGCCCAUACAACUUCUGUACUGUACUUCUUUUUUUUUUUUUUUCUUUUUCCCUCUAGUGAAUAAACAAUCUUCUCACUUUGUGUAAUUAUAAACAUGCUGCAGAAGAACAUCGCAGGCAUAUUUUAAUGUAUCGCAUUGUAGAAGAAGAAACAAACUUCUAAAUAUCGUAAGGUGCACUAAUUUGUGCAGUAUUUACAUUA